CGCGUCUGACGUCAGCAAUCCCAGCUGCGUCAUAUUCUGCCGUUGUGUUUGCCGGGGCGGCUGCAUGGCAAGCUGAGCAUUCCGGGACAGCAGACAGAGUGGUGCAGGGAGACAGGACGGAGGACAGACGGGUGAGAGGCGGACGCGUUGGCGCUGGCGCAUAUCUGCAGCUCCAGCACAUGCUGACGUCGUCCUGCUGCGGAGGAAGGCUCUGUAGCAUGGAGUGACCGGAGUGACCGGAGGACUGAGCCGCGGAGGAUCUCCUUUGGUCAGACACCAGCAGGCCAGCAGCGUUUGAGAGGAAGAAGCAGCAGCAGCAAGAUGUCUGUUCCUGUAUUGUGCAGAAUGUUUGACUGCCUGCGGGGGGCCCCACAGGUAGAGAACGUCCUGGCCAAAGCAUUGUAUGACAAUGUGGCUGAGUCUCCAGAUGAACUUUCCUUCCGCAAGGGUGACAUCUUGACAGUGAUGGAGCGGGACACACAGGGGUUGGACGGAUGGUGGCUCUGCUCUCUUCAUGGCCGCCAAGGCAUUGUCCCCGGGAAUCGUCUCAAAAUCCUCGUUGGCAUGUAUGAUAGUAAGCAGCAACAACAGGUCACACCUACCACACCAGAUCCAGCUGUUUCCUGUCCAACCUCCCAGGUGCAGCGACCCCUCCUCACUCAAAGCGCCUAUGCCCAACCAACACCUGCUAUCUCUACACCAUCUGCGCCAGGGUACACAAAUAAGCCCCCUCCCUCAGUUCAGUAUACAUCCAUGCACCCAGCAUACUCAACCUCCAAUCCUGCACAGCCGAAUACUGAUUCUGUUUACAUGAUGCCUCCUUCCCAUGGUCCCAAGGUUAGCUCCCAAUGUCUAUAUCAGGUUCCACCUGGUCCAAGUGGAUCCUCUGCACACGCCCAACCAGGACCCCCUAAAAAGACCUCAGCUCUUGGCCAUAGGCCAUUUGAGCUAUCUGCACAGGAUAUCUAUCAGGUCCCCCCCUCUAUAGGUCAGGCAACCACUUCGGCUGGGGUGACAGCAACUGGCCAAGAUGUGUACCAGGUACCUCCAUCCUGGGAGAGCAGCACCAAGCCACUUGGCAAGGUGAUUGUUCCAACUCGAGUUGGACAGGUGUAUGUGUACGACACAGUGAAAGCUGACAAGGACGAGUACGACGUUCCACCCAGACAUCAGCCAUCAGCCCAGCAGGACAUUUAUGAUGUACCACCCACCCGCCAGCAGUACAGCACCCAGGUGUAUGACACUCCUCCUAUGGUGGUGAAGGGGCCAUCUAGUGGUCAAGGCAUAUAUGACACUCCAGCAAUCACAGACAAGAACCCCCAGCAAACUGUCUACGAUUUCCCCCCCUCAGUGAGUAAAGAUGUUCCCGAUGGUCAGUUAAUCAGAGAGGACACCUACGACGUGCCACCUCACUUUGCCAAACUGAAGCACAAAGUUCCCGUCACUCCGGGAAAGUUCCAGCACAACAACGUCAGCGAUGAUGAUGAGCCACCAAUUCCAGAAGACGUUUAUGAUGUUCCACCACCUAUCAUGACUGAGAAGCAUCAUCAGGGUGAGAGGGGUGCAGCGAGCCAGGCCACACAGGAGAUCUAUGACAUCCCGGCUGCCCUGCGUGCUGGAAGCCUCACCAGUCAGGAUGUGUACGACUUCCCACGGGAACGAGAGGACAGAGGAGGCGAGAGGGGAGACCAGUAUGUCUAUGAUGUCCCACCACAGGUCGUUCGGGACGCCCAGUCCGGUGCUGAGGAACUGACCGUGUCUUUUAAGCGCCUCUCUGCUUCGAGCACAGGAAGCACACGGAGCAACCACUCUUCUUCUUCAUUAGACACAGUUCCUGUCCGCGACACCCCUUCAGUUCCUGCCUCUGGCUCCGUCCAAGGGAAACCACUCAUGUUGGACCUUGAUCAGGCCAUGGAGCGUCUUUCUCGCCUCCAGCAGGCUGUUGAGUCCAGUGUUUCCCUCAUGAUGUCAUUCAUCACAGGCAACUGGAGGAGCCCUGCUCAGCUGGAGGGAAACCUUAUAGCCAUUCAUCAGGCUGCUGACCGGGUACGAGCCACUGUCAGAGACUUCCUAGAAUUUGCUCGGGGCGCUGUUUCAAAUGCUGCCCAGGCCACAGACCGCUCGCUGCAGACCAAGCUCAGUCGGCAAGUGGGAAAGAUGGAGGACGUCUUCCACAGUUUGAUUCGGCAUAGUCAAAGCCUAGAAAGCGUCUCAUGGUCACCCACGGCACUAUCAACGCCACCUUCAGGAGGGGAUGACUUAGAUCGACUGAUCAUGACAGCAAGAGGCAUCCCUGAUGAUGCCAAGCAGCUUGCUUCCUUUCUUCACGGUAAUGCCUCGCUGCUAUUUAAAAGGACAACCCGGCAGCAGCAGCAGCUGCCCCUUCCUCCAAUCCCAGGGGAGAUCAGCGGUCACAUGACAGGAUCAGGUAGCGGAACCUACCAAGGAGGGGAAAAAGUGCAUAUUCAGUCCCGGCCCCUCCCUUCUCCGCCGAAAUUUACAGCAACAGAGGAUGAGGAUGGCAUGGACAGGCCGUACGAGGUCACAGAGGAAGGCUGGAUGGAGGACUAUGAUUACGUCCAUUUACAGGGAAAAGAAGAGUUUGAGAAGAACCAAAGACAGCUCCUGGAGAAAGGAAACAUUAUAAGACACAACAAGACACAAUUGGAACAGCAACAGAUCAAACAGUUUGAGCGGCUGGAGCUGGAAGUCAGCCGACCAAUAAAUAACGACAUGACAGGCUGGGUCCCGCCUUCGCACCAUCCGCUGGCCAACCAGCUAUCAAAGAGCAGCCCUGGAGAGCCCACAUCCUCCAAGUUGUGUCAUGGGGACCGUCAGCUGCUCCUCUUCUACCAAGAGCAGUGUGAGCAGAACAUCACCACGGUUACCAAUGCCAUCGAUGCCUUCUUCACCGCCGUCAACUCCAACCAGCCGCCAAAGAUCUUUGUGGCACACAGCAAAUUUGUCAUCCUCAGUGCGCACAAGCUGGUUUUCAUCGGGGACACAUUAUCAAGGCAGGCCAAGUCUCCAGAGGUGAGGUCCCGAGUGGCCCAGAGCAGCAACACCCUGUGUGAAAAACUCAAAGACAUCGUAAUCAGUACGAAAACAGCAGCGCUGCAGUACCCCUGUCCGGGAGCAGCCAAAGAGAUGACGGAGAGAGUCAAGGAGCUGGCUGGGUGCACGCAGCAGUUCAGGAUGGUCCUGGGACAGCUACUGCUGAUGUAGGAACCCAAACCCAAUCUGCACUGCACUGUUCCACGCACAGUGGAAGUGGUGCACACUCCUGUAGUGUGAGGUUGGACACAAUACAGGACUUUUUUAUCUCUUAGUCUUGAGACACAGCAUUAAGGCCUGUGGGAAUCGUUGUUCACUGGAGUUAACCUGUCAUCUCUCUUGUCCAUGCUCUCUGUGUUCACUGGGAUCAUUCCUUUCUUAGAUUCUCAAACUACACAGCAGUAAAGGAGCAUCGUAUGUUAUGUGGCCUGUAAAAUCAUCAGUGUAAAUAUUUAACUUCCCUGUUUAAUGAGAUGAACAAAACUAAACAAGGCAUCCAACAAUAAAAAUGUUUGUUUUCUACAGAAAGAAAAUAUGGAUAUGAAUCAGAAUUGACGGUAUCAAUCACUGUUAUUAAUAUUGCCUUUACUGUAUAGUUAUGGCUCUGAUUCUUGGUAUGGAUGUAUAAAUUCCAGAUGUAAUGUAUAGCUCUAUGUUGUAAUGAGUGUGUCCAUCCUCUAUUCUCAACAAGUAUCUUUAAAUAUCAUCUGAGGGUCUGAUGUUACCCCGGCAACUCCAUGUCCAAAGUGACUCAAGCUAGAACAGUUGUCCCACCUGAGCGCCGCUGCUGCCCCAAACAUCCCCAAAACCGUGAAGCUGCAGGUGCAGCUAAGACAUCUGUGCCAUCUCACAUGAUUUUCUUUUGACAAACUCUAUCUAUGUUGUUUUGUAAGAGGCAUGUAUUCAACUGAAGUGAAAAAGGGUAAAUACACCAAUGCAAUUAAA